AAAAUUCCUUGUAUUAGAAACAAAGUAAGCAUUCUUAAGAAAUUAGUUUUUUGUAGCUUUCAUUUCGUAUGAGAUCGUCUGGAUCAUAUAAAGAAACAUAUGUAAUAAACCAUUCAAAUAUGAAAUAAUGAAGUAAUAAUUGAUGAAUAUGUCAUGCUUCAUAGAUGUUUAGGAAACUUUGACAGUUAUACUGAAGAAAAGCUUAAAAUUUUCAUUUCCUUCAGAUUUAAAUAUCAAUAUUAUCUGACUAAUAAAUGCAUUGGAUUCAUUUUUCAGUUUUUAUAGACUAAAAAAUUAUUUAAAAUGUGAGCUCUGCAGGAUUCUCAAAAACUGUAUCGAUGACUUACGAACAUUAAUAAAUUUUGCAACAACAAUCAACAUUGUUUUUUACAUGCUCAAAAAAAAAAAAUUUCUGUAAAUAUAGUUUAAAAUAUUUUUCUUCAUUCUACAUAUUGGAAAACUAUUAAUUAUGCAUUGGUUUACUUACAUAAUCAAAGACAGUUUUACCGAAGCUAAGCAUAUUCUGUGAAAGAUAAUUAAGCUUACUUCAUUGAAUGUUCUGUAUUUCAUUUGCGCUGCUGUAUAUUUUCAAAUUAAAGUAAUAUCAUCAAGCUAUGGAAAAAUCUUUUAUAUGUGAAAUAUGUAACAAAGCAUUUACUGAAAAAAACUCUUUAAUGAGACAUCUUAAUUUGCAUACAAAUGAGAAGAAUUUUGUGUGCAAUGUGUGUGGCAAAGCUUUUGCUAGAAAGUAUACUUUAGAUACUCAUUAUCGUAUUCAUACAAAUGAAAGGCCUUAUGUUUGUGAUUUAUGCAGUAAUGCUUUUCUGCGGAAAUCUGAUUUACUUGAGCACCGUCGUAGUCAUACAAAUCAAAAGCCUUUUGUUUGUAAUAUAUGUAGUAAGGCAUUUUCUCGAAAAGCACACUUACAUGAGCAUUAUUACACUCAUACAGAUGAUAGGCCUUUCAUUUGUGAUAUAUGCAGUAAAGGAUUUUUUAGAAAAACACACUUAGAUAGGCAUUAUCGCAUUCAUACAAAAGAGAAACCGUUCACUUGCACCAUCUGCGGCAAGUCAUUUUCUCAAAAAGCUACUUUAGAGGUACAUUAUCGUAUACAUAACAAUUACAAGCCCUUUGUGUGUGAUGUGUGCCAAAAAACAUUUUCUGUUAAAAGUAAUUUGAAGAAACAUUAUUCUAAUCAUGUUAAUGGAAAAUUCUAUGAGUGUGAAUUGUGCAGAACUGUAUUUUCUCAGAAGUCUAGUUUGAAUAAGCACUAUAUUACUCAUACCAAUGAGAAACUUUUCUAUUGUGAAGUGUGCAAAAAAGCAUUUUUCCAGAAAAGAAAUUUGUACAAGCAUAGAAAGCGCAUUCAUGAGAAAAAAAAAUUGAAAAAUUCUGAAAUGUCUUCAGUGGAAGGUAAUCCUAAUAUGAGCAGUGAAAAUUGACUGAAAUGGAGAUAUAUACAAAAAUAUUUUCGCAUCAGUGAGAAUUUUUUAUUCUGUGAAAUAUGGAAAAAAGCAUUUAUAUAAACAUUGAAAACGUACUUGUGAGAAAAGAAAAUGAAAAGUUCCUAGAUAUGAACAGUGGAACUUGUAUGAAAUGAAGAUAGGUACAAAAAUAUUUUAAGUAUAUUUUUUUAUUCUUUUACAAGAGAUAAACUUUAUAAGUAUAGCCCAAUUCUGACAAGUAAUUAUUUCUAUUUAUUUCUUUGCUAUUUAUACUAAGAAGUAUAAUAACAAGGAAUCUUUUUGAAAUAAAUCUUUCAAAAAUUUGUAAAUAAAAGUUAUACAAAAUCA